CCCCCACAGAGAAAACUCUGAGCAGCACACAUUCUAGUUGUAGAAUCACGCCGAGAACGCAGCACAGCAGCACAUAUAGAACGCAGAUCUGUGAAAUCGCCCACAAAACCAACACAAAAAAAAACAAAAACAAACGCGGCAAUCGCAGCACUCGCAGCGCAUCGCGAACAAAAAUCCCAGUGUUUUUCCCCAUGUUCGAAUGAUAAAAAACCCAAGGCCCUUUGCCCAAAUGGCCGCCACACGUGUGUGCUCUAUAAGAAAGAAAUAACGCCAAGUCCGGACCAGCAGAAGAACCAACCAACCAACCAAUCCACUAGCCCGGCCAACUAACCAAGCAAACUAUCCGCAAUCCGCAUCCAAGCAAGAGCAAGUGUUUACAACAAGCAUUCCAAAUGUUGUCCUGUCUGGCGCCGUCGUCUUCACGUUUCGGCCAAGAGGAUACCAUCAUUCAGCAGAGCAUGCCCUCCACCUCCCCCUUCGCCAUGCAGUUUCCCUCGCUGGCCUCCACCUUGCUGCACCACAACCAGUCGCCGAAGCACAGCAAUCCGGGCUCCAGUGGGAUCCAGGAUGCCCAUCCCAACCAGCCAGGUGCCGCCGCCGAUGCCUUCCUGGUCAAGUGCACCCAGUGCCACAAGCGCUUCACCGAGUAUCAGUCCCUCAGCGAGCACAUCGCCAGCGAGCAUCCCCACGACAAGCUGAACUGCGGAGCCGCCCAGCCGGAAAGCGAUGCCGAGGACGAGCAGAGCAACAUGAGCGGCAGCAGCAGGCGGUACGCCAAGUCGCCGCUGGCCAGCAACAGCAACAACAACAGCAGCACCGCCAACGCCAACAGCAACGCGAAUAGCAGCAGCAACCAGUCCAUGAACAACAACAGCGAACUGGCCAAGAACCACAACAACGCCAACAAAAUGUCGCCCAUGUGCUCACCCGGCUCCCUCACACCCGGCGACCUCUUCGCCCAGCUCCAGCACCCGCCGCCCCAGCUGCCGCCCCACCUGCACGCCCAGUUCAUGGCCGCCGCCGCCAUGGCCAUGCAGUCCGCCCGCACCGCCAGCUCGCCCAGCCAACUGCAGCAGCAUCAGCAGCAGCAGCAGCAUCAGCAGCAUCAGCAGCAACUGCAACAGCAGCAGCAGCAGCAUCAGAUGGCCAUGCAGCAACUGCUGCCGCCGCAACUGCCGGGCAGCAACAGCAGCGUGGGCAGCAACUCCGCCUACGACCUGGACCUCAGCGCCCCCCGCUCCACCUCCAGUCCGGGCUCCACCACCGGCGACCUGAGCGGCGCCUACCCCUGCAUGCAGUGCACCGCCUCCUUCGCCAGCCGCGACCAGCUGGAGCAGCACGAGCAGCUCCACUCGCCCUGCGGCCCCGCGGCGGUCAGCAAUGUCUCCCAGACCUGCCGCAUCUGCCACAAGGCCUUCGCGAACGUGUACCGCCUGCAGAGGCACAUGAUCAGCCACGACGAGAGCGCCCUGCUGCGGAAGUUCAAGUGCAAGGAGUGCGACAAGGCCUUCAAGUUCAAGCACCACCUCAAGGAGCACGUGAGGAUCCAUUCCGGCGAGAAGCCCUUCGGAUGCGACAACUGCGGCAAGCGCUUCUCGCACUCCGGCAGCUUCUCCUCCCACAUGACCUCCAAGAAGUGCAUCAGCAUGGGCCUGAAGCUGAACAACAACCGCGCUCUGCUGAAGCGGCUGGAGAAGAGCCCCGGAUCCGCAUCCUCCGCAUCGCGGCGAUCGCCCUCUGAGCACGGCAAGGGCAAGCUGCCGGAGCAGCCGUCGCUGCCGGGACUGCCCCAUCCCAUGAGCUACUUCGCCAGCGACGCCCAGGUGCAGGGUGGAAGUGCGGCACCCACGCCCUUCCAGCCAUUCCAUCCCAACUACAUGAACGCCGCCCUGCUGGCCUUUCCCCACAACUUCAUGGCCGCCGCGGCUGGCCUGGAUCCUCGGGUGCAUCCCUACAGCAUCCAGAGGUUGCUGCAACUCUCUGCUGCCGGUCAGCAGCAGCGGGAGGAGGAGCGAGAGGAGCAGCAGAAGCAGCAGCAGGAGGAGGAGGAGACUCCCGAUGAGCCCAAGCUGGUCAUGGAUAUCGAGGAGUCGGAGGCCAAGGAGAGGGCACCCACGCCAGAGGCCACCGAAGCAGCCACUCCCAUCAAGCGGGAGGAGAGCAGGGAAGCCUCUCCCGCUCCGGAAAGCUACCUUUCCUCCUCGCAAGCAAUCAAGCAGGAGCAGGAGCCCCUGAACGUGGCAGAGGAACGGCAAACUCCUGUGGAGGAACACUCCCCCGUGGAGCAAGCCGCCGAUCUGCGCUGCAGCCGCUGCUCCAAGCAGUUCAACCAUCCCACUGAGCUGGUGCAGCACGAGAAGGUGCUUUGUGGCCUGAUCAAGGAGGAGCUGGAGCAGCACUUCCAGCAGCAACAGGCCACCUCCUUCGUCUUGGCUUCCGCCAGCGAAGAGGAUGAGGAGGACGAGGAGAUGGACGUGGAGGAGGAGCCCCGGCAGGAGAGUGGCGAACGGAAAGUGCGAGUGCGCACGGCCAUCAAUGAGGAGCAGCAGCAGCAGCUGAAGCAGCACUACUCACUGAACUCCCGACCCAGCAGGGAUGAGUUCCGCAUGAUAGCAGCCCGCCUGCAGCUGGAUCCUCGAGUGGUUCAGGUGUGGUUCCAGAACAACCGCUCCCGGGAGCGCAAAAUGCAGAGUUUCCAGAACAAUCAGGCCACAGUCCCCUCCGCGGCCAAUGACUCGCAGACAUCGCUAACCCGAGAGGAUCAACCGCUGGACUUGUCCGUGAAGCGAGAUCCCCUCACGCCCAAGAGUGAGAGCUCGCCUCCGUACAUAGCUCCACCGUCGGGAGAAGCCCUGAAUCCCGAGGCCAUCAAUCUCAGCAGGAAGUUCUCCACAUCCGCAUCGAUGUCGCCGGCCUCGAUUUCACCGUCAUCCGCGGCAGCCCUCUACUUUGGCGCUGCCCCGCCGCCUUCGCCACCAAAUAGCCAGCUGGACUCCACUCCGCGAAGUGGCCAGGCCUUUCCGGGACUACCGCCCUACAUGCUGCCCAUGCCGCUGCCCAUGGAGGCGCUGUUCAAGAUGCGCCCGGGCGGCGACUUCGCCUCCAACCAUCCCCUGAUGAACAGUAUUAAGCUGCCCGACUACCGCGGCACCAGCCUGAGUCCCGGCGGUUCGGAGAAGCGUUCGUGGCGCGACGACGACUCGCGCAUCUCCCACGAGGAUGAGUUCGGCGCCGGCGUCCUGAUGCCGCCGAAACCCCGCAGGAGCAAGGCGGAGACCCACGGCCAUGCCGGCGAUCCCGAUCUGCCCUACGUGUGCGAUCAGUGCGACAAGGCCUUCGCCAAGCAGAGUUCGCUGGCGCGCCACAAAUACGAGCAUUCCGGUCAACGACCCUACCAGUGCAUGGACUGCCCGAAGGCCUUCAAGCACAAGCACCACCUCACGGAGCACAAGCGUCUGCACAGCGGCGAGAAGCCCUUUCAGUGCUCCAAGUGCCUGAAGCGCUUCUCGCACUCGGGCAGCUACAGCCAGCACAUGAACCACCGGUAUUCCUACUGCAAGCCCUACAGGGAAUAGGUAAGCGACACCUCAGUGCCGCCCACCUGCCAACCAGGAGCCAAUCCCCUAGCGCCGCCCACGACGGCCAGCAAUCGGGGCCGUCGUCGCGUUCCGGUUGCGGCGGGAAACCCCCAGUCCCCGCCGCACCACCAGCACCCCCACCAUCCGCAUCUGGCGGCCAUGGCUGCCUUCCAGCAGCAGCAACAGCAUCACCAGCAGCAGCAGCAACAGCAUCACAGGCUCUCCUGGAAUGGAGCUGGAGUGAUGCUGCCACCGCCAGCCAGCCAGCAGACACAUCGUCCGCCGGCUCCACAUCCACAUCCGCCUCCACUGCUUUCUGGCUCCGGGUUCGGCCAGCCAGCGGCGGCGCAGUUCUUUCACCACCAUGCGGGACUGCUGCCUCCGCCGCCACCGCCACAGACCACGCCCACGUCCGCGCCCGCCUUCGACUUCUUCAAUGCCAAAAUGUUUCAGAAUUGAGCUGAGAAAGCCAAGCAAGCCAAGCAAGCCACGCAAAAGCAAGCCAGCACUUAUAGGCUGUACUUAAGAAACCGAACAGAACAGAAAAUCUCAAAAUGUGCAGGAACACACUGAAAACAAAAAGAACACCCCCCAAAAUGCACUUUAGACACAGUCAAGAGUCAGAGUCAGAAAAGCAAGAGAGAAAUAUUUUUUAUAGCCAUAUAGCCAGGGAAAUUUAAGAAGAAGCCGUAGUUGAAACCUUUCGUUUGAGCGAAUUUAUUAUUUUUACAAUGUUGCAACCACUUUGUUCUUAGUAUUUUAUUAGUUUACCUUACCGCCUAAGUUCGAGCUCGGCGGGCUGAAUCAUUUUGUUUGGCCCCGCCCACUCGCUUAAAGAUAUCGUUUUAUCUAUUUUUUUACGCCUUAAUGUUUUAGCUAUUAGCUUUUUUAGUUCUUUAGCAUUUUAGUUGUUUAGUUGUUUAGUUUGAGGAGCUGGAGAGAGACCAGUACCAAGUGCUGCAGAAUACUCAGAACUCGAUCGUUAAGAGGCCAACUCCUAGAUGGAAUGGCAUGGCAUGAAUGUAUAUUUUCUACGAUUAUGUAUUCUAUUAAGCUGUAACUUUUAGUUCACUUUUUUCGGUUAAGCCAGGCUCGAAGGGAAUUUUCCACCCACAAUCUCCGGACCAACAGAAAAGCAAAUGCGAAAAGCAAAAAGUAAAUGAAAAUGAAAAUGAAUGAAAAUACAAGCAGACAAUACCGAUACAAAACCAGAUACAAAAGUAUUAAGCAGCGAAACUGUAUUAAAGCCACCCCAUUGUAAAGUCCACGCCCACACCGCCCCCAACCGCCUCCCAGCGCCCACAUUUCGUAUAUAGUUUAUGUUGAAUGGAAAACCCACCGCUUGCCGCGCGUUUCAAGCUCUCUCUUACUUAAGGAAAAACCCCAGUCGCCAGUCGUUCUCGAACUACGCUUUAAAUUUCCCCCCGAAAUCGCGAAAUGAGCACAACACCUACAAGAUCAUUCCAUUUGGCCAGAGCCGCGCCCACACAAAAGGUGCACGUCAUGCAUUUAAGGCCUCCGGCUGCCGCUUGCCACUCGACAACCCAAUAAAUCUAAAUCUAAAUCUACAUCUAAAUUUAAAUCUAAAUCUAAACCUAAUGCUAAACUAAACUAAUGCUAACUAAUGUUUAAAAGAACACUUAAUUUGGCCUUAUUACAGAUUAUUUAACGAUUAAAAGCGUUUCACAAUAUUCAUAUAAAAACUAGCAUGUAAAACGAAAAGAAAUCAUUUGGAAAAGUCUCGCGAAAUCUAUUAGCAAAAUUCCAUGUGCGUACUAAAUGUAAAAAAAAUCGAAAAAGAAAUAAGAAAAAUUAAAAGGAAAAGGAAAAGGAAAAAGAAAGCAACCAAUUAACUAUCGUAAUGUUUGCCAUGACAAUAAAUUUAUGACUAAAUAAUUGAUAAUGCUUCGAUUGCCGUUGAUUGCUAGCCGAAAGUCGGGUCAAAGUUCAAUUCAAAUCGUUUCUCACUCAGUCGCAAACUAUAAUUAAUAAAUUGAUAAUUAGUUGACACAACACAACAAACAAAAGGUUUCCAGAACAACGAACAUUUCUUUUUGAUGUUUCACUUGUCCAAGGAAUUUUCGCCCAUGAUUUUCUUGCUUUUCCAGAAGAACUCACAAAAAAAAUGCAUUUAAUACUUAAUUAGUUUUUAUAUUCUUGUAUUUUAAUGAGGCAAGAGAGAGAGGAGAGCCGAUCGAUCGACGGUAUAUAUAAUAUUAUAUAUGUGUACAUACAUAUAUUUUUUGUAAAUUAUUUCGCAAGAACAACAAAAGCUAGAGAAUCCAAAACCAAAACCAAAUGCAAAAGCAAACAAACGCAAACUGUUAUACUCGAGUUGGAAUACUUCAGAUUUCAAAUACAGCCAGCACACGUUAGCAUAAAUUUAACAAUAAUUACUAUUACAAGCGUAAAUACUUAGCCUAGUUAAAAAACAAAAACCCCUUAACAACAACAAAAUGUUAACUUAAACACUAAAAGAAAACGAAACUUACUUUUAAGCGCAAAUGCAAAUACUAUGUGGUUUGUGAUGGAUAUUUGCACUCUAGGGCCUUAUAUGAAAUACACACUACACUACAUAACACU